AUGGAUAUAAACCUAAGAAGCCAAACGCUUGGCAACCGGUUCAAGCCCGCUGUUCUCCAAUGCUUUGGCGAUAUUACCUCUGCCAUCACUGGCCACUUUGAGCCUAUUUUGUCUGUCGUUGCCCAGGUCCUUGAGCAGGCCGCUACCGUUACGGCUAGCCCUGACGGUCCCUACGAGAUGUUUGACUACGUCGUCUCUCUGCGUGAGGGCAUCGCCGAUGCCUGGGGCGGCACCGUUGGCGCUAUGAAGUCGAGCAACAAGACCCAAGCCCCCCAGCAAUAUGUGCCCACCAUCUUCCAGCUUCUUGGUGUCAUUGCUAGUGACUCUACCAACAGCCAAAGCCUAAUGCCCUCAUGCAUGGGCGUCAUUGGUGAUCUCGCCGACGCCUACCCCAACGGCGAGCUUGUGGACGCUUUCCACUAG